CAGCGGCAGCAGCAGCAGCAGCAGCAGGAGCAGGAGCAGGAGCAGGAGCAGGAGCAGGAGCAGGAGCAGGAGCAGGAGCAGGAGCAGGAGCAAAAACAGGAGCAGGAGCCGGAACAGCAGCAGCAGCCGCCGGAGGGAAAGAAAAAGGGUGCGCAGCAGCAGCAGCAGCAGCAGCAGCAGCAGCAGCAGCAGCAGCAGCAGCGGCAGCAGCAGCGGCAGCAGCAGCAGCAGCAGAAGCAGGAGCAGGAGCAGGAGCCGAAGCACAGGCGGAAGCGGCGUGCAGAAAAGCAGCAGGCGCAGCAGCAGCGGGCUGAGCCUGUGGCGAAGACCAACUCCGCGUUUGCGGACCGCGACGCGCCCCCAGCCGCCAACGAGCCGGCCAUCAAGCGGCAGAAGCAAGGGGCCCCGCCAGUGGGGGUGCGCGGCUCCGGCAGCGCCGCGGCGGCCCGGCGCGCUGCGGGAGCGGCUGGGCGGCGCUCGUCGCCGCGGCUGCACGGCGAUUCGGCCAAGGCAGCGCCGUCGGUGCUCGAGCCGAGCGGUGGCGGUGGGCGCGGCGGGCAGCAGGAGCGGGCGGCGCCGGCGCCGAG